CUUGGAACAGACCAUGCAUUCAUGUUCCUGAGUCAAAGUAUACAAUGAGGAUUUUCGUAUGGAAUAUUCUGGGUCCGCUCCUUUCUACGGUGAUAUGUGCCCAGCGAAAUCAAAGGCCAGUUUUCACGUGUGGUGGAAAUUUUACCGGAGACAUGGGAUUUAUUGGGAGCCCGGGAUACCCUGCUGUUUACCCUGCAAAUACCAAAUGUGUCUGGAGAGUAACGGUCCCUCAGGGGAAAGUUGUUUCCCUCACAUUCCGUGUCCUUGACUUGGAAAGUGACAGUCUUUGCAGAUAUGACUUUGUAGAUAUUUAUGACGGGCAUAUCAACGGCCAGAGGCUGGGCAGAUUCUGUGGGACGUCCAGACCCGGAGCUCUUGUCACUAACAGCAACAAGAUGCAAGUUGUCAUGGUAUCUGAUGCCAACACAGCUGGGAGUGGUUUUCUGGCGGUGUACUCAGCUGUUCGUCCAAAUGAGAGAGGUGAUCGAUAUUGUGGAGGGAUCUUGGACUCACCUGUCGGCACCUUAAAGACUCCCAACUGGCCCGAAAAGGAUUACCCUGCAGGGGUGACCUGCUCCUGGCAUAUCGUAGCUCCUCAAAACCAGACUAUUGAAUUGUGGUUUGACAAAUUUGAUGUGGAGAGAGAUAACUACUGCCGCUAUGAUCACGUGGCCGUCUAUAACGGUGGAGAGAAAAGUGAGGGGAGGAAGAUAGGGAAGUUCUGUGGGGACAGCCCUCCAGGGCGAGUUUACUCUGAUGGGAACCACCUCCUCAUUCAGUUCCUGUCUGACCUCAGUUUAACCGCGGACGGUUUCAUCGGACAUUACCGCUUUAGGUCCAAGAGUAUCACCACCAUCUAUAACACAUCUCCUUACCCCACAGUCACUGCUCCCACAACUACAAGAGCCACUGCACUAACGUAUUCAGAGGCUCUGUGCAAGCAAAAAUGCAAGAGGACUGGUACGCUUGAAACCCAUUACUGCUCCAGCAGCUUUGUAAUAACUGGAACCCUGAUCUCAGCAGUGAUGCGUGGAGAGAGUGUGCUUGCUACCUUCUCCAUCAUCAGUGUGUAUAAGGAGGGCGGUCUGGCCAUUCAACAGGCAGGCAAGAGCAUGAGCACCAGGGUGGUUAUCCUCUGCAAGAAAUGCCCUUUGGUCAGAAGAGGGCUGAAUUACAUUGUCAUGGGCCAGACUGAUGAAGAAGGACAAGGAAUCAUUUCUCCGUAUAACUUUAUGAUGGCCUUCAAAGUGAAAAAGCACAGAGAUCUAAGCGUGCUGAAGAACAUGAGAUGCUGAAGCUGUCGGUGGACCCUCCAGGAUGGGCUUUUGGAUGUGUUCUCUCCAGUGCUAAGUCCUGACCUCUGGUUCCCUGAGCAGGAGCGAAAUGAACAAACAGACAUGGACCUUGGCUGAGAGGACCAUGUUCAUCAUUACUACCCUCUUUGUAAACAUAAAGGAUCUAAUACCAAUGAGCCAGAAGCCCUUCAUAGAUUUUGUUAAAGGUUUAUAUUUAUGUUCAUUAAAAAAAUUAUAUUUAUCUAUCUUCAAGUACUGAAAUAUUGUAUGCAGACACUGCACAUUGUUUGAGAUAUUACGUUUGUGCUCAUUGUGUGAUUUUUUUUGGAGUUGGAGGUGUUUUAUAAACCUUGGAUUGGAUGUCAUAGAUGAAUGAGUGUGAACAUGUAUGGAAAACGUAGCUAAUGCAGUCAUGUGUGACCAGAUGCCAAACUGUCACAUCCCUUCCUGGUUUCAUUUCAUGGGCUGGUGCACUUCUCCAUUCUGGACGGGAUAAGACAGGACAGCUCUCAUUGGUCAGUUCCUCCUUCACAUGAGAAAAGUCUGUUUAGAAACACGCAGCCUGCUGCCUCUCAAAAAGGCAGUCAGACAAAUCUACCACAUAUUACUGUCUGGUUGUGUGAAAC